AUGUCAUUAAUUUUAAACUUACAAAAAAAUUCAUUAAAUAAAUUAAAUAAAAAUGUAUAUUCUACAAAUUUUAUUCGAUUUACUAAUGAUGGUCAUAUACCAUCAGAACAUGAAAAAUUUCAUAGACCACAUAAAAUAUUAGAACAUUCACAAAAUGUUGUUAAGCCAUCAAUUUCAUUUUCUCAAAAAAUAAUUUUAAAAAUAUUAAAUAAUAUAUUUAAUAUUAAUGAUAUUUUGACAUACCUUCCAAAUAAAUUUAUGAAAAAAGAUGAAAAAUUUGAAAAAAUGAAAACUAUACAACGAUCUAUUAAUAUUAAUCCAACCAAUCCUGCUGGUCCAUGGAGAUCUCCAUCUACUGUAAAUAGUGAUCUAAUAACAACAGCAUUUGAUGGAAUAUACACAGUAUCAGAUUUAUGGAAACAUUCAAUUAAAAUAUAUGAAAAUUUAGAAUUUUUAGGUGAAAGAGAAAUAAAGAAAAUUUAUAUUCAUAAAAAUAAUGAAGGUAUUGAAACACAAUUAAUUGAUUUUGGUGAUUAUCAUUGGAAAACAUAUAAAGAGGUAGAUAUAGAAAUAAAAAAAAUUCGUAAAAGUUUUCAAAAUCUUGGUAUAAAAAAAGGUGAUAAAAUAUUAUUUUUUGCCGAAGCAAGACCAGAAUGGAUUAUGUGUGCAUUUGCAUGUAUAAAUAGUGGUAUACAAAUUGUAACAGCAUAUCCUACACUUGGCUUUAAAGCAUUAAAAUUAAUUUUAAAUGAUAUUAAUAUAAAACAUAUUAUUACAUCAGAAUGUUCCUUUGAAACUUUAGACAAAUUAUUAUCAUCAAAUGUUAGUAUAAAAAACCUUAUUUAUUUUAAGGAUCGUUUCAGAGAAUCAAAAAUUUUUAAAAAUUAUCCAGUUUCAAUAAAUGAAAGAAAAUGUAUACCAAAAAAUAUUAAUAAAAAUACAAAAAAAAUUAUACCUUAUGAUAAAUUAUUAGUUAUUGGAGAAGAUGAAAAAAAACUUUCAUAUGUUAAUAUUACAUCAAAUGAUUUAUGUGCAAUUAUGUAUACAUCAGGAUCAACAGGAAUACCAAAAGCUGCAGAAAUAUCACAUUCAUAUAUAAUAGCAAAUAUUAGUGGAUGGAGUAAAAUAUUUGAUAAAAAUUAUACAAAUAAAUCUUAUGUAUCUUAUUUACCAUUAUCACAUAUUUUUGAAUUUAUAGUUGAAAUAUAUCAAAUAAGUUUAGGAAAUAAAUUAGGAUACUCGUCACCACUUACAUUAGUAUCUCAAGGACCAAAAUUAAAAUCUGGUAUUAUUGGUGAUAUAAAUAUUAUUGAACCAAAUUUUAUUACUACUGUUCCAAUGAUAUUAAAUAGAAUUAAAAAAGUUAUUAAUGAAAAUCUUUUAAAUACUUCUAAUUUUAAACAAAAUCUUUUUACAAUUUGUUAUAAUAGGAAAGCACAAAGAUUAUCAAAAGGAUUGUCAACUCCAAUUUUAGAUAUAUUUAUUUUUAAUAAUUUAAGUAAUAUUCUUGGAGGAAAUUUAGAAAUGAUAAUUGUUGGUAGUGCUCCAUUAGAUCAAGAUGUUCAUAGAUUUAUUCAAAUAACAAUGAAUACUAAUGUUUUACAAGGAUAUGGUUUAACUGAAUGUGUAGGUGCUACAUUAACAUUUCCUGGUGAUAUUUCACUUGAUAAUUGUGGAGGUUUAACUCCAUCGUGUGAACUUAUGCUUCGAGAAUGGCCUGAAUACAAUUAUUUUCCAACAAAUACACGUCCACAAGGUGAAAUUUUAUUAUCAGGUCCUGCUGUUAUAAAAAAUUAUUUUAAAAAUAGAAAUGAAGAUUCAUUUAUUGAAAUAGAUGGUAAAAGAUGGUUCUGUACUGGAGAUAUAGGAGAAAUUUGUGAAAAUGGUGCAAUAAAAAUAAUUGAUAGAAAAAAAGGGAUAAAAAAAUUAAAUAAUGGAGAAUUUGUUUCACUUGCAGCAAUAGAAGGACAUUUGUUAACAAAUAAGUAUGUUGAUCAAGUUUGUGUAAUAGUAAAUUCUAAACUGGAUUAUUUUGUAGCAAUAAUUGUUGCUAAUAAAAAAAAUGUUCUUGAAUUAGGACAUAAACUUGCUUUAAAAUCUAACUUUGAAGAUUUAUGCAAACAUAAAGAAAUUCGUACUGAAAUCUUGUACAACAUUAAAGAAUCAAUGAAAGGAAAAAUAUUAAAACAUGAAUUACCAAAAAAAAUUAUUCUUGUAACAGAACCAUUUACAAUUAAUAAUGGUCUUCUUACUGAUGCUAUGAAAAUUAAACGUAAUAAUAUUAAAAAAAAAUAUAAAAAUCUUUUGAAUAUUAUUUAUAAACCAUCUAUUGAAAAUGGUGAAAUUCUUUAUACAAAAGUUUAUAAUAAUAAUAAUUAG